UUGCAAUAUGGCGGCGCACAUGACAUUGGGCAACUUUGGCUGAAAUGUACCAAUAUUCGGUGCUAAAUUUAGAAUAUGAGGGAACUUCCUGUGACACUUAAACUUAAUGGCGUGAAUUAGCUGUUCAUUCUACCAACAUGACAGACUCAGAUCAAACUGGAAGAAAUACUCAUUACGGAGCCUAUUCCGAACAAGUGCCUUUUGAAACUAAUGAUCAGCAGAUGACAACAUUUCCAGCAAAUCCUCACCAACCCAGUGGACACUCUCUUCAAUAUUUUGAACCACCCUCCUAUAAUAGUUAUCCACAGCACUACUAUAGACAGCCUGUAAUUCAGCCUAUGCAGUAUAAUGUUCCUGGUUACCAUUAUCCACCAAACUACAAUCCUUCAUCGGGUGGAUAUCACACUGGAGGUCAUGCCCACCAACAAGCCGGGUUUACAACCGGAAAUAACAUGCACCAACCCUACGUGCAGUCUAACCAUCAUGGGCAAUUCAACAACAGAAGAGGAUGGAAUUCCCGAUCAAACAAGUCUUGGAGACGACCAAAUGAUCCGACCGAGCAAGAUAGUAUGAGUAGAGCCAGUACCAGUAGAGAGACAGGUAAUGUCUUUGAACCUAACUAUGCAGAGUGGCGAGAAGAUUUGGGAGAAUAUAGAAAUUCACAACAUACAUAUGGUGCUAGACCGAAAUACAACUACAGAGGUCGCGGUCGCACGGUUGACUCCAUACUCCAACAUGAAGGUGGGUAUACAGAAGAACAACAAGCGGAAACAUCUGAAACCAAAGUAUCCUCUGAUUCUGAAUUGACUGAAAAUGAAAGAAGGAACUCUGACAGGAUGGCCAAGAGUUGCGAGGAGAUAGAUACAAUGGUUUCAAGAAAGAAUAAAGAAAAGCAUGAUAAAGAAUUAAUAAGACAAGGAAAGUUUCACUAUUCCAGCCGACAACCUCCUGAGAGACACCAAUAUGACCGUUUGACUGAGAGCAAUUUUGGCAAAAAUGAGGAUAAAAGAAUCAAUGGUGAGAAAAAGUGGCGAAACAAAGCUAAAGGGAAGGAGUCAAAACUAUCUAACGAAGAUCUGAGAAGUGGCAGUGACAAACACAGGAGGAGAAGGAGAUCUCUUUCUUUUGAACGCUUAAGAAGAAGCAGAUCUGGAUCACAUGAGCGACCAGGCGAUGAACAGAACACCCCAUCUCAGGUGGAGAUGGUCAGCAGUGAUGUUCCACAAGGUGUUGGUGGGUCUGCAUCUAAAGACCGUCAGAGCGCUAAAGCAAACUGGACGAGAAGACCACAAGAUACAAGAUUCAAAGACGCCAAAUCCGCUGAUUCUGAUAAAAACACCCAUAAGAAAAGUGGCAAAGGCAAAUAUCUGAAUUGUUUGUCCUCACCACGCUCCAAUAGUUCUGAAAAUCUACACAGGGAGGCAGGCGGCAUAAAGUCUUUUCAUAGUGCUACAACUAGUGCAGAAAGUCAGACAGGAUCAAUGAUUGAAGCCUUAAGUGAUGGCACAUACGAGUGCAUGGUGUGCUGUGAUGCUAUAAAGUGCCAGUCAGCUGUCUGGAGUUGUCAAGGCUGCUACACAGUCUUCCAUUUGCACUGUAUCAGAAAAUGGGCGAGAUCACCUGUGGCAAGACGGCAAGGCAAUGCGGAUGGUUGGAGGUGUCCAGCAUGUCAGAAUGUAUGUGCCAAGAUACCAAGUGUCUAUGAAUGUUUUUGUGGUAAAGUACGGGAUCCAAACUGGGUGAGAACUGAGACAGCACAUAGCUGCGGUGAACUUUGUAAAAAAAAGCGUUCCAAUACGCCAUGUCCUCAUCAAUGUAACAUAUUAUGUCAUCCUGGUCCAUGCCCGAGUUGUCCUAUAACUAUCACUAAGAAGUGUGUGUGUGGUAAAUCUGAAAAACCUAUUCGCUGUGGAACUGUGAGUGCAAUCCACUGUGACGCCAUCUGUGGUAAAACAUUGAAUUGUGGUCUACAUAGCUGUGAAGAAGUCUGCCAUGCCGCAAGUUGCAAAGAUUGUACUGUGAUGAAUAAGCAAGAAUGUUAUUGUGGGCGAUCGAAUAGGGAGGUUGUAUGCGGUACAAAGAUGGAACCACCAGGUGAUGGACCGGGGUUCUUCUCCUGUCAGGAGAAAUGUGCGAGGCAACUGUCGUGCAACAAUCACACUUGUGAGAAACUAUGCCACCCGGGUCCAUGUGGUUCUUGUAGCUUUCUGCCGUCUAGUGUCACACACUGUCCAUGUGGUCAGACACCGCUGUCAUCUCUCUUACCCGGUGGUAAAACCAGGACAUCUUGCACUGAUCCCAUACCAACAUGUGAUAAUAUAUGUAAUAAGAAACUCACUUGUGGCACUGCAGAUAAACCCCAUGCAUGUCAAUAUACCUGUCAUGAUGGUGUCUGUGGACCAUGUACAGGGAUAUCCACUGUUAAUUGUAGAUGUGGUUACACUGAUAAAGAUAUACCAUGUGCUGAGUUUGCCGUCACAUCGCAACCACCGUCAUGUGAUAAGCGAUGCAACAAGAAAAGACAGUGUGGUAGGCAUCGCUGCCAUCAAAGGUGCUGUGUGGAUAAAGAUCAUAAAUGCCCCGUAGUGUGUGGUAGAAAACUAAGUUGUGGUUUACAUCGUUGUGAAGAACCAUGUCAUACUGGCAACUGUGAACAGUGUUGGCAAGCAGGUUUUGACGAGCUUCCUUGUCACUGCGGUAUUGAGAUAAUCUUUCCACCAAUACCGUGCGGUACCAAGCCACCAGAAUGUAAUCAACCGUGUUCAAGACAACAUGAUUGCGAGCAUCCCAUUAUGCAUAACUGUCACAGUGAUGAGAGGUGUCCACCAUGUACGCAGCUUGUACAGCGACGUUGUAUGGGAGGCCAUGAGUUGCGUAGUAAUAUUGCAUGUCAUAUCAAGGACAUAUCAUGUGGCCGACCUUGCGGUAAGGAGUUGCCGUGUAAACAACACAAAUGUCUGAAAACGUGUCAUAAGGGCGAAUGUGAUGGUGAGAUUUGUACCCAACCAUGUCUUGUACGUAGACAAGAAUGUGGGCAUCCAUGUGGCGCGCCAUGCCACCCAGGAAAACAGUGUCCUAAACUAUCGUGUAAAACACAGAUUUUGAUAACAUGUAAGUGUGGGAAUAGAAGUGAGAAAACUUCAUGCAUGCAAGGCGGUGAUGAUGUACAGAUGGCACAAGCAUUUCAGAGACUGGCUACAUCACAGCUUGCUAGUAAGAUGAAAGAUAUCCAAUCAGGACAGACUGUGGACAUUAGCAAUCUAAUGCAGAUUAAAGAUGGACAUAAACAGAGACAACUGGAAUGUACUGUAGAUUGUGCUGUGAUGGAAAGGAACAGACGUUUUGCCGAAGCUCUUAACAUCGGUGAUGCCAAUUUAUCUUCCAAAGCAGGAGUACCAGACUACUCGCAGUUCUUGAAAGAACAAGCACGAAAAAAUCCUGCUUUCGUGGCUUCUGUUGAGAGAGAUCUGUCAAAUUUGGUGCAAGCACUACAACAGAUAAAACAGAACAAGAAAAGCCACUCCUUUACUUCGAUGACACGUGAUCAUCGCCAAGUUAUACAUGAACUUGCUGAACACUAUAAAUGUGAAACCAUGAGUUAUGAUCCGGAACCAAAACGAAGUACUGUAGCUACAGCAAUCAGAAACAGGUCUUACAUACCAGCUGUGACAUUGACGAGUUUAAUACAGAAUGAAAUGCACCCCAAAGCACCAACUCCUAUACCGCAUGUAUGUAAAGAAGAUGAUAUUAGAAUGUCAGUUCAAGCAUCCAAACAAAGCACCGAUCUGUUUGAUAAAAAGAAGCCUGCAGUCAUAGAUUACUUUGACAUGGUUCAAUAGUACGCUACCAGUCAUGACAUGGUUCAAUAGUACGCUACCAGUCAUGACAGGGAGUUUUAUUCUUGUAUCAUUUUACUACAUGUUCAACUUUCUGUAGUUUUUUUUUUUUUUUUUUGGUUGCAAAUGGAAAUACUAGUAACCAAUUUUUCUUCAAGGAUUCUCCUGAAAAUGUCUGUUGAAUCCUGGCUAUAGAGGGCGCAAUUUAUUUGUUACACGAUGAGUGCCUGUUGCAUGAAGACUCUGUGAUUUGGAAAAUCUAACUGAAUUUAAUAGAGACAAUGGUUUGCAGUGUUUUUAACUUGUUAUAUCAGCCACAACUAAUUACGUUCAAUGUAUAGGGCUAGCAUACAAGCUCUUUGAGAAUUAUUAAGGGAUAUUUGAACUGGGCUGCAAAAGUGCAGAACUAUUUUGUCGUACUAUACAAGGCAUUCAGUGCAUUUCAUUAAUGAGCAGAGGAUUCUGGGUAAAGUUAGAAUGAUUUCAGUUACCUACAGUUUUUAAGUUUGUCAGCUCUGUUGAAAUCCUCAAUGGUUCAAAGAUAAAGCUGCAGUAAUGAAAUACACAGAUGCAACCAAGAUUUUGUAAGAUUAGUUUAGGUAUGCAAUGUUGAUUUCACACAAAGUCUGUGUUCAUCAAUCAAACUUGUUAAAACAGCAGCCAUGAAUGAUUAAACAAAGUUUGAUUUUGGUAACAGAAAUGAACAUGGUUCUUGUAUUCAAAAAGUCAAAAUAUAUAUACACACUGCAAAAGCAAGAUUAGUUAAGGUUUAAUUAUUUUGAAUCAAAUUAUGAAGUCUAUAUAUAUAUAUAAUGAACAACCACAUACUUUCAAAUAGUAUUUUGCAUAUUUCCAUGGUAAUAUUGGUGAAAAAUGACAUGUAUGUAACAAGGGACAACAAAUUCCAAUUGGACAAAAGAUUAUGAAAUUCCAUGAGUAUACAAUUGUGUAUAUAUUCCAUGAUUUAUUAAAAGCUUAAUAAAUACAUUUCCAU